AUGCCUGGCGAUCUCAGCUCAAAAGUCGGCCAUGGUGUGGCCAAGGUUCUGCGCCUAAAAGUGCCUGCAAAAGAACAACACGACCCUGUUACCCGGGGAGAGUCGACUUUCUCUGUUGGGACCUACGAGACAUACUCUUAUGUCGAACCCGAACCCACUGCAGCUGAAUGGCUCAGAGAGAUUUUGCCUUCCUGGCAAGAAGUCGGCCUCUACUUCUACAGGCUUUUCCCUUUCCUUGCUUGGAUCACACGUUACAACGUGCAAUGGCUGAUUGGAGAUCUUGUUGCUGGUAUCACCGUUGGUGCUGUCGUCGUUCCUCAAGGAAUGGCCUAUGCCCAGCUGGCCCAACUUCCUGUUGAGUACGGUCUCUACUCUUCCUUUAUGGGAGUCCUCAUUUACUGGUUUUUCGCCACCUCGAAAGAUAUCACUAUUGGUCCUGUCGCUGUCAUGUCCACUCUUGUCGGAAAUAUCGUUAGCGACGCUCAGGACAAGCUUCCAGGAGUUGAAGGUCAUGUUAUCGCCUCGGCCCUUGCAAUCAUCUGCGGUGGUAUCGUUACCUUUAUGGGUCUUGCCCGUCUCGGAUUCAUCGUCGACUUCAUCCCCCUCCCCGCGAUUACAGCCUUCAUGACGGGGUCCGCCAUCAACAUCAUUGCCGGCCAGUGCAAAAAGAUGCUUGGCGAGACUGGUGAUUUCAGCACCAGAGGAGCUACCUACCUGACGAUCAUCAACACUCUCAAGUACCUUCCCACUGCCACACUUGACGCUGCCAUGGGUGUUACGGCUUGUGCAAUGCUGUACAUCAUCCGUGCUGCAUGCAACUUCGCGGCGAAGAAGCAGCCGCACCGCGCCAAGAUGUGGUUUUUCAUCUCUACUCUGCGCACUGCCUUUGUCAUUCUAUUCUACACCAUGAUCAGCGCGGCUGUAAACCUGCACCGGAGAGACAACCCUGCAUUUAGCGUCCUCGGAAACGUGCCUCGGGGUUUCCAACACGCUGCUGUUCCGACUGUCAAUGCCGAAGUCAUCAAGACCUUUGCGGGCGAAUUACCGGCUGCUGUGAUUGUUCUCCUCAUCGAGCAUAUCGCCAUUUCCAAGUCGUUCGGAAGAGUCAACAACUACACCAUUGACCCGUCGCAGGAAUUGGUAGCUAUUGGUGUGACGAACUUGCUAGGCCCGUUCCUGGGUGGUUAUCCCGCUACUGGCUCAUUUUCGCGAACGGCUAUCAAGUCCAAGGCUGGUGUCCGUACCCCGUUGGCCGGUGUUAUUACAGCCAUUGUCGUCCUUCUCGCCAUCUACGCCUUGCCUGCUCUUUUCUGGUACAUCCCCGAUGCCUCUCUGGCUGGUGUCAUUAUCCACGCUGUCGGUGACUUGAUCACUCCUCCCAACGUCGUCUACCAAUUCUGGCUCGUGUCGCCCUUUGACUGCCUAAUCUUCUUCGUUGGUGUCAUUGUCACGAUUUUCACAUCGAUUGAGAUUGGCGUUUACUGCACAGUCUCCAUCUCAGCUGCAAUUCUUCUGUUCCGCGUUGCGAAAGCUCGCGGUGAGUUCCUGGGCCGUGUUACUAUCCACUCGGUUGUUGGUGAUCACAACCUGGAAGAGGCCCGACAAGCACUUGGUGACGAUACCGACAACAAGCGGUCCAUCUUCCUUCCCAUUGACCACACCGAUGGAUCGAACCCCGAAAUUGAGGUCGAGCAGCCUUUCCCUGGUAUCUUCAUUUACCGCUUCUCCGAGGGAUUCAACUAUCCGAACGCCAAUCACUACACCGACCCUCUUGUUGCUACCAUCUUCAAGAAGACUCGCCGCACGAAUCCCUUCUCGUACGGCCGACCUGGCGACCGCCCGUGGAACAACCCUGGACCCCGCAAGGGCCAGCAGGAGGAGGACAAAUCGCAUCUUCCCAUCCUUAGAGCCGUCAUCCUUGAUUUCUCGUCUGUCAAUAAUGUCGAUGUCACAUCAGUUCAGAACCUGAUCGAUGUCCGCAAUCAGCUCGAUAUCUAUGCUUCACCUCGCACCGUGCAAUGGCAUUUCGCUCACGUCAAGAACCGCUGGACCAAGCGUGCUCUUGCCGCCGCUGGCUUCGGCAAUGCUACUCCCACAUCCGAAGAUGGGUUCCAGCGAUGGAAGCCCAUCUACAGCGUCACCGAGAUUGAAGGACAAGCAUCGGCCGCGGCUCAUGCUCAAAUCGUCACAAACGAGCAAACACGCCAGGCAAGCGCCCACGGUACGGACAUCGAAAGCGGUCUCAAGCGCGACUCACAUACGGUCGAACGCGAGACGCACGGCAUCGAAGAAUCAUCCAACUCGAGCAUCGGCGAUGACGACAAGCUCAACCGUGACCUGAAGGAUAGCAAGGCGUACCGGAAUCGCCGAAAGGUGGCUGUGGUGCAGGGCGUCAACCGGCCAUUUUUCCACAUCGACAUCACGAGUGCCUUGGAGAGUGCGUUGGCAAACUCGCCGGAAGAGGAGCCUGUCCAUGAAAACCCAAACCAGAAUGCGUGA